AUGUCGGCAUCGACCAUGAUCCGCUUGGAUGUCGGCAUCGACGGACUGAUUCAGCGUGCACCUUCCUCAUGCUACCCCACCACCCCUGAGGAGCGGCUUGGAGAUGAGGCACGCCUUCUCAUGGGGCAGACGCACACGUGCAACGGCAGGGGCGCCGCCUCGCGCCAGGAGCAAAGCUCGGGGAGCACGCUCCGCGACCCAGACCGUCGGGUUCGACCACCAACCCCGUCCGUGCUGUUUUUGGAUAAACGGAUGAAAACCAUGCGCAUGGUCGAUCAUAUCUGCAGUGUUAUAGUGGCAAGCGGGGUAACUCGUGGGGGUUGGAGGCGCGAGACCAGAUGUCCUCUCCGCUCCGCGCUCUGA